CGGUCGGGUUUGCCGUUGGGCUUUCACAUUCUCGAGUCCCACUUCAGAGAAAGUCGUGUCCCUGUCUGUUGGUCUGUUUCCUCUCCUGAAUUACAAUGAGAUGUACAUGCCGUGUAUUGAGAAUUGAGCAGGGUUCAACUCAUCCAUCCACUUUUUUCAGUUUUGAUCAUGCACCAGACGGCCCACAAAACUUGGCUGGGUUACGGGCAAGGGAGAGAGAAAGGAGAGACAGAGAAGGAGUAAAAAUGAGAUUAAAUUCUUGGUGAAAGAGGCAUCUGCAGAUUCGAUAAGCAGCAUCAGCGAGCGAGAAGAGGAUGAUUCUUUUGUUAUUUUUUGUGGGAUCAAUCAAUCUCCAUUCUGACUGCUUCUCCUCAAAUACUACGAUUGAGUAAAAUCUUGAUAUGAUUUUCAGACCAUAAUCUCCAAGCGUUUUAUACAUACGAGCGAUAUUACUAUUUGCACAAUAUUGUCGAAUUUCAGACCAAUUGUGAAUUUGUGUGGAAAUUAUGCUUAUACUAACUACAUAUGCAUUGUAGUAUAAUGACAAUUUAAUAGCUGUGAUGAAGUAUGUACGGCCAAAAUUAUAGUGCAAUGUAUUUCAACAGUUGGUGAUUGGCUGUAAUGAUGAGUUUGUUACGAAAAUAUGAUCAUUAAUCGUGGCAGAAAGUUUGCAUGUGGAAUGGAUUAUCUCAAAUUUGGGCAAAAGAAGCAUUUGGGGAUGUCUGAGAUUUAUAGUUCUAUUAUUGUUAUUACUUUUCUGUAUUAUACUUAUAGAUAAAAUAAUAUCUCAGAUUUCCAUAUUCGAUUUGGGAAGGUCUAACAAAACUACCCAACUGUGCAGAGUGAAAGCAAAAUCAAGCUGCAAAAUAAACCCAAGAAUGCAUAAUGAUGAGAAUUAAAACUAAUGAUCAUUCUGAUCAAAUAUGCCUUUUGAAAAAUAAGUGCAAAUGCAAACAAAAGUUGAGCAUUCGAUGCAGGAUUGUUCUACUCCAUAGUUCUACUGACUUUCACCUACUUAAAUUAUGUGUUGUGAUCAUUUUGCUUGCCCACAGAAUGUAAAUCCAACGAUGGAACCCAAACAUGAAAGAAAAUCAUAUAGAAAGUCGAUCUGUCCCGUAGUACGAAGUCCAUAGAUAUGAGUACAAGCAACCAGGCACUGCUCCUGUACCCCCAAAUUUGUCCCGAAUCCGUUCGGUGUGUGAGGACAUUUGUUUGUGUACACAUAUGAUAUAAACUCCCGGCUCGGCUGCCAGACAGCCAGACAAUCAGAGCACAUGCAAAUAUAAGACGUCCAUAUGAUUUAAUUGGAUAGUUCAUUCUCUUACAAACUUGGGCUAUAUCAAGUUAUGUGAAUCCGUCGCCUGUCAUCAUCCAAGACAAAGUCAUGAGACACUCAUUAAUGAACCAUCAUAUUUAUCAUAAAUUUGUUGUGCAAUCAAUGUCAAAUCGUAAAUAAGCCUCCUGCACGAGAAAUACUAUAAAUUUUUCGUUUUCGGAGCCACUAGAUGAACCACGAAGUGGGAGGAAGAGAGGAGGAAGUGAUAUUUGAGAUAAGGUGGUACAUAUAUAUUGCUAUUAUUACUGCACCAGUAUGUAGUACAUAGUAUGCAUUCUACGUGGUGGUAGUUCUUCUCUCCUGUUCUGCCAGCAGAAUUCUGGGACCACAACAUCCUCUUUCUCUCUCUCUAACUUACCAGCUCUCCUCACACACGGCGCGGUCUAAGUCGCGAUCGAUCGGGAGUCCACGCCCGAGUUUCCAUCCGUCGUCGUCGUCGUAUGUAUAUCCCUGCUGCCUUCCACCUUUUCCAAUUUGCUCCUAUCAACGGGAUACAAUAGUUGGUGGAACAAUUCGCAAUCGGCCAAAGUCAUCCUGACCAAAACUCCCAAAACUCCCCUAAUUGAAAUAGUCACGGUGAACCAAUUCCUCGCUGAAACAAGAGCAUUUUUCCACACUAUCAUACAUUUAACCACUCGAUUUCAUCUCACCAACCGCAAUUGCAAUUAUUUCACGAGGGUUUAAUUGCAACCUUUGGAUUUGGGAAGGUCUAAGCCAUAAACGGUGUGGGGGAGGAGAGUGCAUGCUUUCAUGUCGCUGACCAAAAGGAAAGUCUGAAGGAGAAAUCAAUUACUAUUACUUGUAUGGGAGUCACCUGUGUAAAAAUAAAAAAAUAUUUCAUCCUUUUGUUGGUUCAAACAACAACCAAGUUCAAGAGAGUUGUAUUUUUUCUUUGGUUCGUACGCUGCAUAAUUGAGCAAUUUUUAUCAUUCGAAAUGAAUGAAUCCGAAUGUACACGGGUUCGGUUACGAGGGUGUGUGUGUGUUAGAUCAUAAGCAGCACUCGACAUUUACAAGUCAAGUAUUAUUUUGGGACACUGCGAAUCUAAAAGAAAGCGAUCUGAGCGUUGGCCAAGUAUUGCACGUUGUUGGUGAAUCAAUAUCAAACAUCAUGUGUAUAUAUAAGACAGUUUAAGCACCAAAAGAAAUCAAAACGCUACACUCGACAACUUUUUCCUGUGUUCAUUGCUACUUAAGCACGUGCAUAUACUUGAAGGAAACUUUUUCCUGAAUGAAAUGCUGCUUCAAGUUUGAAGAUCCCAGUGUGUCAAUAAAAAUCCUGUGUCUGGAACAAUAUGAUAUUCAGCAGUUGAACCAGGACCUGAUAACCUAUACGAGUUAUGUUGGGGCGAUCAGGCGGAACCAAGCAUGGGGAUGACCAUGUUUUGAGAGGUUACUGUUUCGAAUCAUCAAACUCUGUGUGAUGGGAAUGAAACCAUUGGGACAGAAUAUAAAUCAAUCUGCACCCUCCAAUGGUGAUCUCGCUUCGCAUUAAUUCCAUUGCCAACUGCGGACUCCGUUCCCCUCUUCAAAUAUUGUAAAGAAAUAAUUUAUUUCAAAGUUCCUCUGUUUCCGAUUAAUUUCGGAGAACCAGCAGUCACCCUGCAGAUCAUACACAGUGAGAGCUUUUCAAGUUGUGAUAAUCACAACAACAACGAAACCUUUAGCAGGAGCAACCACCAAAACCAACAUUACAACGCAUCUGCUGGUGUCAUGAGUGCUGACCUUAGCUUGCAAAUUGACACACCGGCUGAAAGUAUCGAAGCUCUUGCCAAAGAAGCUGAAUCUCUCAAAGCCAAAUUAGAAGAAGAACGACAAAAGCUUAACGAUGUUGCCCUGUCUACUGUAGCUCAACGUCUAGAAAAUGUUGGUCAACUAAAUAUAAAGCCGAGAAGGAUAUUAAAAGGACACCAAGGGAAAGUUCUGUGUCUAGAUUGGUCUCAGGAUAAACGGCAUUUGGUAUCGGCUUCCCAGGACGGACGGAUAAUAAUUUGGGAUGCUUUCACAACUAACAAAGAGCAUGCCAUCGCCUUGCCCACCACUUGGGUCAUGGCCUGCUCGUAUGGCCCAUCGGGAUCUGUGAUCGCUUGCGGUGGUCUGGAUAACAAGGUGACCGUCUACCCUUUAGUAGAAGAUGACUCCACGCAGCGGAAAAAGCCUGUGGGAACUCAUACCUCUUACACUGCCUAUUGUACAUUCCUUCCUAACUCUGACUAUCAGAUUUUGAGUGGUAGUGGUGAUAGCACAUGUGCGUUAUGGGAUGUAGAGUCCGGCUCGAGAUUACAAAGCUUUCACGGCCACAGUGGAGAUGUCAUGUCGUUGGACCUUGCUCCUCAAGAAAAUGGAAACACUUUCGUCUCAGCAGGCUGCGAUAGAAAGGCGCUAAUAUGGGAUAUGAGAACUGGUCAAUGUGUUCAGACAUUUGACGGACAUGAAAGCGACAUAAAUACUGUCAAGUUUCAUCCGAGUGGAGAUGCAAUAGCAACGGGGUCAGACGAUGCCACGUGCCGGCUAUACGACCUGCGGGCGGAUCGAGAGAUAGCUGUGUAUUCAAAGGAAUCAAUAAUAUUUGGCGUAAACUCCGUUGACUUUUCCCACAGUGGCAGAUUGUUAUUUGCCGGCUACAGCGACUACACGGUGAAUGUGUGGGAUAGUCUGAAGUGUCACCGAACAUCAAUACUCUACGGCCACGACAACAGGGUCUCUUCUCUCAAAGUAUCUCCCGACGGCACGGCCUUCUGUACAGCAAGCUGGGACACCACAUUGAGGAUCUGGGCAUAACUACUACUGGUCUUCCACUGCCGAACGCUGUCGACCAAAGAUGUCACAAAGAGCUGAAACUUCCAAAGUUUAGAAUAGAAAGAAAUUUGCACUCGAAGUGGACAAGACUUUAGAACAAGGAACGUGCGUCCAGAACAUCGCCACCGAGACAAAGAACCAGAAGACACAACACAACGAGGACAUGCUGAUGACUGUGCAAACCAACACUGACGUUACUUAACUAAUUACUAGUUAUUUAGCAUCAAAUUCAUACUGUGAUAACCACCAUUGUACGCAUUACACUUGUAAUGUAGCAAUGCACUACUAUAAUUAAGAUGCAAGUACUAUCCACAACUACUUAGAAGGAUCUUUACCGAUGUUGUGUGUCACCAAGUUUUAAACAUGCAAACAGGAACAGUCUGAUUCUGAGUUUUACAAUAAAUCGUAAUAAUGGUUUCUCUCUGCGACACUUUUUCUGCUUGCUUGCAGUACAACAGAUAGGACAGAGAAACACGACACUAUAGUGUAUAUCUGCAUAAUAUCUACAUAUGUACAACACAAUAAAUAAAUCCACGGCCAUUUACUGCUGGUCGACUUAGAUCCACUUUUUGGAUAAAUGCAUUAAAGGGAGCAGUUUUCUAUCUGAGCCAAAUGUUUUACUAGUCAAGUAGUAAAAUGGUAGCAACAAUAAUUUCAGGUAGAUAAGUAUUGCAUACAUGAUGCUGCGGUGCGUGAGGCUGCCGUAGGUUCACAAUUCCUUCGCGUGUGUUGCCAGUAUUUAUGAAUUGUUAUUUAUCAAUUGUUAACGGGUGACAAAUGGUGUAUGCAGAGCAAAUAAUAAUGCUAAAUGUUACAAAAUUUCUAAUAAAUUCCAAGCGGCAUGUAAUAAUUGGCUUGCAGUUGUGUGAGUAUAUCAUAUAAUACGAGUGCUACUCUUGUGUUAUACGGAAGUGGACCUGUUAUCACAGAGUACUAAAAAGGUACACAAAUUGUGUAACACAAUCACAUUUUUAUUUUUAUUUCAAUCUAUUUAUUAAACCACGUUAUACAAAAUAGCUUUGUUAUCAUUAUUAUUUUUCCAAGAAGUACAUGAAACAAUUUCAUUCACACGACACAGAUAUGUACAUAUGUAGAAUUAUUCGUAUAUGUGCUAUUAUUAGUACACCCGACUACAAACCUCUGAAAGUGUUCUACUCUUAAAAAGAAAAGUUUUGAUUUAAUUCUAACAAAAAUAGCUUUACUGGUGGACCGUAGAAAAUUUCUUACACCCAAAAUCCACAACGAAGACUUAAUUAAAUAAGCUGAGGAUGAACCUAAUAAAAACAUGUACCAUUGAGUAAUAAGAUAUGAUUCAAAUACUUAUUAAAGAGAGAACUUUGAAUAUGCAAAAAGUUAAAACUUAUUUACUGUUGAUGAAUGUAGCAUCAUAAAUAGAACGCGUGUGGCGCAUUAUUGUAUUAUUUACAGAAAUUAGGUUGUUGUCAUCAGUAUUUCAGGUUAUUCUAAGUUGGUGAAAGUUUUACCUUAGGCGCAGUAUUAUAUUACAUAAAUACCUACACGGUGUUACGAAGCGUAUUUUAAGAGACAUGGGAAUGCGGAGAAAAUGAACAAUUACUUAAAGCGCAUAAAUGAUGCACGGACAUUAAACUUAAAGAUGAAAAUGGCGCAGUUAAUAUAUAUACAAAUAAUUACUUUACGUUAAUAUAAGUUCCACAAUACUGGAUAUCUAGAUGUAGAGAGUAUUCUAGCACUUCUUAUAAUUGCUAUAUCAUUAUGCAAUAUUGUUAGUAAGAAUGGUUUCUAGUUGCAAUUGUUGUUACCGGACACGCAAAAUGUACCUGUCUUUUGUUCUGGGUAAAGUCGUUUAAAAACAGUUCUAGGUCGCAAUCAAUAAAUUAUGUUCCUUGCUGUUGACGAAAA